GCCGGGCUGCCGGGAACAGCGCCGUGAAGCCGUCGGUGUCCGAAAGGGGAGAAUCAUAUUUUGGGGACAAGAGUUCUUGUGUAGAAAAUGCUAACACAUUGGAUCUCACGAGUUCUUCUUCUGUGCGAGGCCUGAAUAGCACAUGUAUAGGAAGAACACCUCUCUCUUCUGGUAGAUCUGGUUGCAGAAGCCAUACCCCACUUAUGGGUUAUUCGGUUACAUCCUCCUCUGCAGUUUCUGCUCAUACUGUUGCGUCAGUUAUUGUAGCUGUAGUAGAAGGAAGAGGCCUUGCCAGAGGUGAAGUAGGAAUAGCCAGUAUAGAUUUAAAAAAUCCUGAGAUGAUAUUAUCACAAUUUGCGGACAAUGCAACUUACGCCAAGGUUAUUACUAAACUCAAGAUUUUGACACCACUAGAAAUAAUAAUGUCAAACACUGCCUGUGAUGCAGGGAAUACAACAAAUUUGUUCAGUCUGAUAACGGAGCAUUUCAAGAAUGUGACUUUUACAACUGUCCAGAGAAAAUACUUCAAUGAAACAAAGGGUUUGGAGUACAUAGAACAAUUGUGUGCAUCUGAAUUUAGCACCAUUUUAAUGGAAGUCCAAUCAAAGUAUUACUGUCUUGCAGCUGCAGCAGCUUUGCUAAAAUACGUUGAAUUUAUCCAAAAUGCCGUUUAUGCUCCUAAAUCACUAAAGGUUCGUUUCCAGGGGAGUGAGAAAACAGCUAUGAUAGAUUCAUCAUCAGCACAAAAUCUUGAACUAGUGAUUAAUAACAGAGAUUCUCGGAAUGGUCACACACUUCUUGGUGUUCUAAAUUACACUAAAACUCCUGGUGGAAGUCGGAGACUCAGAUCCAAUAUCCUGGAACCUCUAGUUGAUGCUGAAACAAUUAACACAAGACUGGACUGUGUUCAGGAAUUACUCCAGGAUGAGGAGCUCUUUUUUGGUCUUCAAGGAGGUAUUAUCUCAAAAUUCCUGGAUACAGAACAACUACUUUCAGUUUUGGUACAGAUUCCAAAGCAGGAUACAGUUAAAACUGCUGAAUCAAAAAUAACUAAUUUAAUCUACCUGAAGCAUACCUUAGAACUUGUGGAGCCUCUGAAAGCUGCUUUAAGAAGCUGUAACACACAGCUGCUAAAGGCUUAUUACAAUUCUCUUGAAGAUGCAAGAUUUGGAAUUAUACUUGAAAAGAUUACAAGUGUAAUUAAUGAUGAUACAAGAUACACAAAAGGAUGUCUGAAUAUGAGGACCCAGAAGUGCUACGCUGUUAAGCCUAACAUCAAUGAAUUCCUUGACAUAGCUCGUAGAACAUACACAGAAAUUGUUGAUGACAUAGCAGGUAUGAUAACGCAACUUGCUGAAAAGUACAACCUGCCCAUGAAAACAAGUUUCAGCUCUGCUCGUGGAUUUUUUAUCCAGAUGAAUGCUGAUUGUUCAACAUUACCUAAUGGCCAGCUUCCUUCAGAAUUUACAAAGAUCACGAAAAUGAAAAACACAUACAGCUUCACUUCAGCAGAUUUAAUAAAAAUGAAUGAAAGAUGUCAGGAGUCUCUGAGAGAAAUAUAUCACAUGACCUACUUAAUAGUGUGUAAACUACUGAAUGAGAUCUAUGAACACAUUCAUUGCUUAUACAAGCUGUCUGACAUUGUGUCUAUGCUGGAUAUGCUGCUUUCAUUUGCCCACGCCUGCACUCUUUCUGAUUAUGUUCGUCCAGAAUUUACUGAUACUUUAGCAAUCAAGCAAGGAUGGCAUCCCAUUCUUGAAAAGAUAGCUAUGGAAAAACCUGUGUCUAACAACACGUACCUGACAGAGGGCAACAAUUUUGUCAUGAUUACAGGACCAAAUAUGAGUGGAAAAUCAACAUACUUGAAACAGAUUGCUCUCUGUCAAAUUAUGGCACAGAUUGGUUCUUAUGUCCCAGCAGAGUAUUGUUCUUUUCGAAUCGCAGAGCAGAUUUUUACCAGAAUAGGUAUGGAUGAUGAUAUUGAAACAAAUGCAUCAACAUUCAUGAAGGAAAUGAAAGAGAUAACGUACAUCAUACAAAAUGCUAAUGAUAAGUCACUUAUCAUUAUUGAUGAACUUGGGAGAGGUACCAGUGCUGAAGAAGGUAUUGGAAUUUGUUAUGCUGCCUGUGAAUAUCUGUUGAACUUAAAGGCAUUUACACUGUUUGCUACGCAUUUCCUGGAACUAUGUCAUAUAGACGCUUUAUAUCCCAAUGUGGAAAAUUACCAUUUUGAAGUGCAACAUGUGAGAAGCAGUGCUGGAAAUAAGGAGAAAAUUGCUUACACUUACACACUUUCUAAAGGGUACACAGAGGAAAAGAACUAUGGAAUAAAAGCUGCAGAAGUGUCCUCCCUACCAUCAUCCAUAAUUUUGGAUGCAAAGGAAAUCACAAGUCACAUUGCAAAACAAAUUUUGCACAGACAGAAGAGCACUCCUGAGAUGAUGAAACAGAGAGCUGCAUACCAGUUAGCAAUGAGAUUGGUUCAGACUGCCAGAAAUUCUCGACUGGACCCUGACAGUUUGCGUGUAUAUUUGAAAGCCCUGAAGAAAAAAUAUGAAGCCAGUUGUCCCACACCCAGAGAAAAUGAUGAGCAACAGUAACAUGUAACAUAGGCUGUUCUAAUUUUUAUGACUGCAAGAUGAUUCUGUUUUUUCCCACAGUAUUAGUACAGUCUUUUCACAUGGUGUUACAUUUUUAAUUAUUAGUCUAAAUUACAUUCAGGUAAUGGAUGACCAUAUCCUUUAUGGGUUUCCCCUACCCUGACAUACCUGGAAUAAAAGCAUUUGCCCUCUCUGAGGAACACAAUUAUUUUUGACAAAAAAUACAAAUCAUUUUAGAGCAGCACUGAGAGGGAAGGACUGGGGCAACUCUAAGGAACUCAGAAUUUCAGGCAUGAUAAAAAAGAAAGCUCAGAUUGCAAAAAGGGAAACGUGUGCCCAAAUUGCUUCAAAGUAGUUUUGCUGUCUGUUCUUGUUCAGUUGUGUUUUCCGAAAAUGAGACCAUUUUAUUCACUUUGCUGUGCUAAACACUUCUCACAAUGCCAGGAAACAUGAUACUAAAACUUGAAGGAAUUUGGAUGUGUAAAAACAAGCUGUUCUCUCUUCUCCA